AAAAAAAAAAAAGUGUUGAGGGGAAAUAUUGACGCUCGGAAGUUUUGAUGGAAGUUGGUGAGUGUUUGAUAAACGCCUACAAUCUUUCUUUUUUUGGGGGGUGUCACGGCGAAGUUAAACAGCGUGGUUUGUAAGCGAGUGGAGAGAGUAUGACUGAAAAGGUUAAUUAAGCGUUUAACUCCUCGGUGAAGAAGCUACUUUUAAAAAGGCACAUUUAAAAGAAAAAAGAAAAAAAAAUGUCAGGAGCCCAUGAACUGAGCAGGAAGCGCCGACCCCCGAAAAUGUACUUGAUCUCGUCCGACCUGAAGGUGCAGGACCAGCUGGACGGUACCAUUCGGCUGCAGCGGGGGAACAUCUGCCAGGAGCAGGAUCACGCCAAAGGCAGAGGUGACCACCCCUGGGUCAAGGUGUUAGACAAUGGCAUCAUGUUGAAAAUAGAGAGGAAGUUCCUGCUCGAAGUCCCGACCGAGCUCGGCGGCCUGCUGGAGGCCGUGACUGACCCGGAGGCUCGUUACAAAUUACUGAGCAAUCCCGGGAAGCUGCAGACUUUGGCUACACUUCCUGUCGGUGCCCCGUUGUGGGUCCAAAUAGGCCAAACUGACGAGCUGGCAGAGGCAGAGCUCAAAUUCAUCGGGCCGCUGACCAGAGGGAGCAGCGCUGUGUUCUUUGGAGUUCAACUCAAAGGCUCGGCUGCAGGUAGAGGAUCCAGUAACGGUUCUUUUAAGGGUAACAGACUCUUCAGCUGCCCCGACGCCUGCGCCCUCUUCAUCCCGGUCAGCCACAUCAGACAACGCCACUGGAAUCGCAGCAACGGUUCAGACGCACACGAGAGAGCCCGCGAGCGAGACCAACACCACCACCAUCAGCAGCAGCAGCAGCAGCAGCAGCAGCAGCACCGCAUCAGCAGCGGCAACAAUCAACCUAGCAACGGGCACCACGGCAACAAUGACCGCCUGAUUCAUCACCACCAGCUGCCCCAGCCGCAGCAGCACAGUCGUCACAUCAGUUUCCUCCAGCAUCACCCCGUCAGCCCUCCUUUCGGCAUCCUCCCCCGGACCGCCGAGUCGGCUCCCAUCUCGGCUCAAAACCAGCCGCAGUUACGAGGCCCGCCGUCACCUCUGCCGUUCCACGUCGGCGAUCGGGUGUGCUUCCCCCUAGAGGACACCGUGGAGAGGGGCGAGGUGCGCUUCUGUGGCUUUUUGCCCGGCAGGUCCUCGACGGGGGUUUAUGUUGGAAUCCAGCUGGACAAUCCCGUUGGUCGCUGGGACGGGAGUUAUAAAGGAGAGAAGCUCUGCCACUUUCCUUCCCCCCACUACGGCGUCCUGCUGCCAGUAACCAACGUUUCAUCCGAGCCAAAAUCCCUCCGUCACAACGCUCCUUCCCAAAUUCCCAAAUCCAUCCUGAAGCCUUUGACGUCUCCCGCCACUAAACAAGGUCCGACAUCGCCGCCUCCCGUCAAGGUCGCCCUGUUGCCUCCCCCCAAACAACCACUCAAACCUCCUCCGCUGCCGCCGCCGAAGCCCAACCCCAAACCGCUGGCCCUUCCUCCGCUCCCGCCUCCCAAACCCCAAACUCCGACGUCACCGACCGUCGUAGACCAGCUGCAGCACACCAACGGCGUGCUUGGUCCGCCCUCGCCGCUGAGGUCACCGGACUACAUCGACGAUGUGGGGGAGAACGGGGAGGCGGGGCUGGAGAGCGGGCUGGAGGUGGAGUCGAUGGUGGAGGUGAACGACCCGCCGCUCUUCGGGGUGAUUCGCUGGAUUGGACGGAUCGGUGGGAUAUCAGAGCCGGUGGCCGGGAUCGAGCUGGACCAGGAGCUGUCUGCAGGGACGGACGGCAGUUACCUCGGCGAGCGUCACUUCCGUUGCCCGGCCAACAAGGGACUCUUCGUAAAGCUUCGCAACUGCAGGCGAGACUCCCGGUUCCCUGCCCCAGAGACGCCCGUCAAUCAAGUGGAACGAUGCAACUCGAUAGCUUUUGCAGAGUGGGGCAGCGAGCGUGUGGAGGAGCACACCCCACCUGUGGAGGGAGACGAGGCCAGGCAGCUCUACCAGGGCCGCAAGAGGGGCAUCCAGGGUCACCUCAACUCCUGCUACCUGGACGCUACGCUGUUCAGUCUGUUCUCUUGCUGCAGUUCAGCAGACUGGACGUUAUUUUGGCCGUCGGACCCCGAAACCGACCAGAGAUCCAGUCAGGCUCAGGACCUGCUGCGCUGUGAGAUAGUUAACCCUCUACGCAGGUUUGGCUACGUGUGUGCCAGUAAGACGAUGGCCUUGAGACGACUGCUGGAGGCCGCGAAUAGUGACACGGGCUUCACCAAUCAGGAGAAAGAUCCUGAAGAAUUCCUCAACAAGCUUUUCCAGCUGCUCCGAGUCGAGCCACUCCUCAAGAUCAGAUCGAUGACUCACCAGCCUCAGGAGUGUCACCUCUACCAGCUCUUCCCUCCCUCUCUUCCUCCCUCUCCUUCCUCUCCGGAGCUCGUCUCCCCGGUCGACUCCUCCUCCAUCCCUCUCUCUCCGCCUCCCAGUCGGAUGAGAGUCGCCAGCGUCCAGACUCUGCUGGAGUCGUCCUUCCUCCACGCUGGCCUCAAGUUUGUCGAAGCUCCCUCCUCGCUCCUGCUGCUCAUGCCCAGGUUCGGUAAAGACUUUAAAAUGUUUGACGCCAUCCUGCCGACGCUCAGCCUCGACAUCACCGACCUGCUCGACGACACUCUGAGACAGUGCAGCAUCUGUCAGGCUGUAGCUGAGUAAUGUCUGCAGUGUUACGAAGACUUGGACAUCACCCCCGGGCAUCUCAAACAGUACUGCAACACCUGCAACACACAGGUCCACAGUCACAGGAAGCGAACCUCUCACAGCCCGGUGAAGGUUGGUGUCCCCGGGGGUCCGUGGACCGGCCCGCUGCACUGCGCCCGCCAGCAGAUGUCUCUCUUCGCCGUGACUUGCAUCGAGACGAGCCACUACGUCAGCUUCGUCAAGAACGGGCCCCUCCCCACCGACUGGCUGUUCUUCGACAGCAUGGCGGACCGAGAAGGCGGCGAGAACGGCUUCAAUCCGCAGGUGAAGCCGUGUCCGGAGGUUGGUCGCUACCUCAGCCUGUCGGAGGAGGAGCUGGGCAGGAUGGACCCCGCCUCUCUGCGGGAGUCGGCCCGCCGCCUGCUCUGCGACUCCUACAUGUGUCUGUACCACAGCCCCGAGCUCAGCCUGUACAAGUGACCCGGAGACACGACGAUGGGGAUGCAGAUCUCCACGGCAACAUCAUCGUGUCCUCAGGAGCUUCUUAAGAAAAAAAACCCCACCACACUCCAGUUUUAUUUAGGAAGAUCAAAGCUUGUUUUCAGCUUGUCCUGCAUUGAUUUCUCACCUUAUACUCAUAGAUUAUUAAACAGAGCCUCUUAGACGCUGUUCACACUUAACCCUUACAUACUGUUCACGUCAAAUUUGACACAUUUUGACCUAUUUUUGACCCUUGAAAGCAAUUAAAACACCUUAAAAUGACUUUUUAAACUAUUUUCUGUAUAAACUAACCACUGAUAAAAUAUCUAUAGAUGCAAAAGAUUCAGUAUAGGGACUAAUUGUACUUAAAAACUGCUCCAUGCUUUGCAGAGUCAGAAUAUGAACAGUAUAUAAGGGUUAAAACUGCACCUUGGAUCAACUGAAAACAUCUAAACAGCUCUAAAUUUAAAGUAUUGGCUGAGAAAACUGUGAUUUUCUACUUAAAGCCACAUUCAGUGUUGCUCUAUGUGUUUGCGUACUGUGGUGUUAAUGUAACUCAGAGCCCGCCUGAUGAAUACUUACAGUUACUGACAGAUUUUAGCUCAUCAGUACCGACACAAACAGUAUGUUAGCCGUUAUGUAACAAAAAAAACAGCAGCACGCUUCUGUUUUAUUCAUUUAGAAACCGUCUCUGCCUUUAAAAAGGUGCAUUUUGUAGGAUUUUGUGGCAUUUAGUGGUGAGUUAGCAGAGUGGAACGAACUGAAUCCCUCCUACAGUGGCCAUGAAAGUCUUUUUCUCCAAAGGCCAGUAUGUAGUUUGACUCUUCUGGGCUAAUGUAGAAACAUGGAGGACUCUGCUCCUGUACAGAUAUAAAGGGCUUAAUAUAAGUAGGGAUGCACCGAUUGUGACAUUAUGGGCCGAUACCGAUAUUUAAGAUAAGGAUUUGGCCGAUAACUGCUGAUUUCUAUAUAUUUUUUGAUGGUGUUAUGUUUUGUUGUAAUUUAUUCUACAGGGAAACAAAGAAAUCAUUGUUUAAAAAAAACAACAACAUUAUCUAUGAAUGAGCACAAAUUCAUGAAACGAUAUUUAACCCUUAAACGAAUUUGACCCAUUUUGACAUUUGAAAGCAAUUUAAAAAACCUUUUUUCAAGCCUGAAAUGUUAUGAUUUCUCCUUAUGUUACCUAUGAUGUAAAAAAAAUGGAAAUAUUAUUUAAAUAAAAUAUAUAUUUUUGCACACAGAGAAUGUUAAAGGUUAUCUUGAAGCCUGAUUUUUCAAAUAUUGUUGCAUCUUUCACUUUAAAUAAAGUCCUUCUCAUUUUAGAUAACAUAAGAUCAUAAUAAUAUACCCAGGGGCAACUCAUUGUGCUUUACAUAAAAAACAAACAUUUAACAGUGAAAAUUAAAUACAAAAAAACAUACAAUUAAAAACAAGAAACACCAAUUAUAAUAAAAAUAAAACAAAUUGAAGAAAAAUAGAAAGAGAGAAAGAAAAAGCUAGACUAACAUAGAGCGCAGCAUAAAAUAAUGAUUUGCAUAAUAAUAUAGUGUGAUUGUUUUUUCACUAUAAAAGUGUCAAAAUCCGAAGAAAACUUGUGGUUCAAAAUGUGGUAAAGGCACUAAUUAUAAAGGAAUACUUAUGAACAGCAUGUAAAGGUUAAUAACUUACAUUUCAUCGAUCAUAGGAAUCAUUAAAAAUAGGAAACUCAGGAAACGCUAUCAUAACGCUCAAGAAACUGUAAUGAGGAAACACCAGACAUAGGAUUAAAAUGGAAAAAUAAAUACUUAAAAAAUAAAUUAAUCAGUAAAUAAAAACAAAAUAAAAUAAAUAUUUAAUAAAAGAUUAAUAAAACAUUUAAAAGGAAAGAAUAAAAUAAAGUCACUGUAGAAUAAAUGGAGUAAAACCGGAGAUGUUGGGACUAAAAGAGGAAGAAGAUAAUAAAAUAUAAUUAACAGAAUAGUCCAAGUAGUAAAAACAGGCAAAAAUAAAAAAUAAAAGGCUGAUUAAUUAAUAAAUAAAAUUCAAUUGAAAGCCAAAUUAAAAAGGUCUUAAGUUUGCUUUUUAAAAGUAUCAACACUCUCGAAGACCAGAAUAAUAAAAAGAUGCUUCUCUGUGGAGUUUAUGUCCGAACUUUAGGAAUAAUUUAAAGGCUGUUACCAGAAGACCUGAGGGUUCAUAGGAUAAAAACAAAUCAGAUAAAUAGGAAGGAUUAAGAGCUUUUAUAAACCAAUAAAAUGAUCUUUAAAAUCAGUGCAGAGACUUUUAAAUCGGUGUAAUGUGUUCCUUCUUUCUGGUCUGAUAUCGCUGAUAUAUAUUGGCGGUGGUGCAUCCCUAGAUCUUAACUCACAGACUUUCAUAUUUUCAGGUUAUUUUUACAUGAAUUAAAACAUAAUUAUGAGUCGAGGCUAAAUCUUACACACUGCACCUUUAAAGCUGAAAAAGUUGUUUUGUUUUGUUUUUCAACUUUAACUUAUUAAAUCGUGUUUAUAUGAAGUGAAGAAGUGUUUGUUAGGAAAAUGAAUUUUGGCUGAUGUAUUAUUAUUAUUGGAUUUUUGAUUUGAUCAUACUGAAGGCGAACCUGGUUAACGUGCAUUUAACUGGCGAAUAGAUCAUAGACAAUCAACGGAGAUAAGGUUUUACAUUUUUAUGAGCUCGUAUUAAAUGUUUUAUGAGAGGGCGAGACUGAGAAGAGCUUGUUAUACUUUCAGAUCAAAUGUAGCACUAACGAGAAAAGUGCUUAACGAACAAAUGUUAUAGUUUAUUAAGUUUAAGAGCUUCUUCUCUGCGCUCUACUGUACUGACUGCAUCACAUGUGCCUUUUUUUAAAUAUAAUGUUCACACACUGUACAGACCUUUUAAUAUGCCUGUAAUUUAUAAAACAUGAUCACUUUACAACUCUUAAUUGCACUGCUGUAUUUACAUGUCAGUAUGUGUGUAUGUGUGUGUGUAAAUAAUAAUAAUAACAUUGCACUAAACUGACGGUAAAGAUUGCACUAUAUCUUCCCGACUUGUUUCACCUUUUUUGUAUUUCUUGUUAAAAAAAAAAAACGUCCGAGCGAAUAAAUGCUUUAAUGAUCUUCUA